GGCGGGGCAGGGCCGUGGGGCCGGCGCGGAGCGGCACGGUACGGCGCGGUGCGGAGCGGAGCGGCAGGGCAGGUAGCAGCGGGGAGGAACGGGCCGGCGCGGCCAUGGGGAAGGUGCAGCUGUUCGAGAUCCGCCUGGGAGAGAGCCGCGUCAUCUACAGCCCCGGCGAGCCGCUGGCCGGCACCGUCACCGUGCGGCUUUCGGGCUCGCUGCAGUACCGAGCCAUCAAGGUGAGCUGCGUUGGAUUCUGUGGGGUGUCAAACAAGAUCAAUGACACUGCCUGGACCGUGGAGGAGCAGUACUUCAACAGCACGCUAUCUUUGGCAGACAAAGGAGUCCUUUCAGCUGGGGAGCACAACUUUUCCUUCCAGUUCCUGCUGCCAGCCUCUGCUCCUACAUCAUUUGAAGGUCCUUUUGGCAAGGUUCUCCAUCAGGUGAAGGCUGUGAUAGACACACCUCGCUUCUCCAAGGACUACAAGUGCAACAAGAUCUUUUAUGUUCUCUGCCCUCUCAACUUGAAUGACAUCCUUGAUAUUGAGCAGCCCAACACUAUGUCCGUUACCAAGAAGUUCAACUACAAGCUCGUGAAAAGUGGCAAUGUUAUCCUGACAGCCACCUCAGAUCUGAAGGGGUACAUUGUGGGGCAAGUGAUCCAGCUCCGCACAGACAUAGAGAACAAGUCAGGUCGGGACACCGGGGCUGUGGUAGCCAGCCUACUCCAGAAAGUGGCUUACAAAUCCAAGCGUUGGAUUUACGACCUGAGGACCAUCGCAGAGGUGGAAGGUUCAGGAGUAAAAGCCUGGAAACAUGCAGAAUGGAAGGAGCAGAUCCUUGUUCCAGCACUGCCCCAGUCCAUUCUGCAGGGCUGUAGCCUCAUACAUAUCGAUUACUAUAUCCAGGUUUCCCUCAAGUCACCAGAGGUUUCGGUCACCCUUCCCAUUUAUAUCGGCAACAUUGCAGUGAACAGGGUCCCCCUGAGCCCUUCCCGGUCUGUCCAGCACCUACCAUCUGCAGUGGUACCCAGUGCCCCCCCGGAGGAAGAGGAGGCUGCCGGCGGUUAUCACCCCAUGGACAAUGUCUUGAUCCCCACCAAAAGCCAUUCCCAGCAGCAGCCAUUUAGCUACGCCCCAGGACUGAGCUUCCAGGAAGCGGACUCGGAGCAGACAGGCUCCCCAAAUCACCCCACCCUCUGCCUCUCGACGGGAGCCACCGUCCCUUACUACGCCGAGGGAAACGUGGUGCCCGUGCCCACUGCUAGCUCGCUCAUUUUGCCUCCAGAAUACAGCACGUGGGGCUACCCAUACGAGGCACCUCCAUCCUAUGAGCAGAGCUGCAGCAGUGCCAACUCCAGCAUCAGCAAUGGCAACUAGCCUCCCCUGCUCCGCAUCCCGUCGGCGCGAUGGUUCACCGGCCUGCUGCGAAGUCUGGUACAGCACAAGGCGUCCUUUUAUCUCUGUGGCUGCUUGGCAGAGUAGAUGGCACAUCCUGGCCUGGGCUUUUUAAGUCUCUUUCUUGGGAGGGGGAAGAAAAAAGGGCAGCCAGGGCAGCCCGUGUUGUGUGUGGGAGAAGUCUGAACCAUCCCCUUCUGCUGCACCAAAAGCUGGAAGAUCUGGUCUUGCCCCGGGGAUGCCCUCUGCAGCAGCCUGUAUUUGAAGUACUGUAGUCACCACUAACUGCUUUACUAUCAAAGCACCUCCGAUGCCUUAUCUGAAAUGCUCCUGACUUGGCAUGUCUCCACUGUAAGUGAAGGCUGGGCUGUGUGAACUUUCUCUUCUCUUUUGUGGGCUGUGUGUGCUCUCCAGAAAUGCUUCUGACAGCCCUUCCUCCUCAUCCCCAUAGGUCCCAGGGGUAGCUGAAACAGGGGCUUUCUUGGAGUAGGCAGGGUUGGAAGGUCAGGGACUCUUGCCAAGCCAAAAGCACAAGCCCUCGCUGUACCUGCGUGGUGGGAUGAGUGACUGGCAGCCUUUGGUCCCCGGGCAGUGGCCUGGACCGCCGCCUGCUUGUGCUGAGUGGAGAGCAGGCUCUGUCAGCAGGGAGCCUUUUUAACGAGGAUAACUUUCUAGAGACAGACCAUCCUUGCUUGCUGCUAGGAUGACCAGCGCUUGUCAAUCUGUACAGGGGACACCAGCUCCCGUGCCCCAUCUCCUGCUCCUGCAGGGCACCCUCUCCAUCCCAGCUGUCGCGGCCUUAGGCAGGCCAGAAUUACACGACAAUCAAGUUACAGAAGUGUGUCCGAUGCUACCUCUGCGUCUGCCCAAGGACUCUGCCCGUGGAAGCCCCAUCCUUGGUGAUGCCCCCCUGUCCAGGCUCAGCCUGGCACUGUGCUCCCCGGUACCACACCAGCACGGGGGGCUGCACAGCCUGGGGACGGCCGGUACUGCUGUGCUGCUCCUCUCCUGAGCCACUGCAGGGUGCAGAACGGAGAGAGUGGGAACACAAACUGCUGUGCUUCAUCUGCAGCCUCUGCUGGACCUGGUGGGUCAGGGGAGGAAGCUGGGAUACUGAAAGCAACGGUUUUUUUGGUUUUUGUUUUCUUCCUGUUGUUUUAUUUCCUUGUUUAGCUUUUUAGCAUUGACUGCCCAAGCUGAGGAAACCAAACAGGGGACACAGAGCUGCGGGCGUCCGGCCAGGGCUGCCAUUGCAGACUGCACCUUUGGCACCUCUGAGAAUUGGUCCCGCACUUCCUCACGCUGGGCAGGCAAUACCUAACAAACCUCCUAGGAGCUGUGCUGCCUCACACCCCCGGCCGGCUGCUGGGGACGAGCCCUGCUUUGCACUCUUCCUUUGCGAAACCCUUUUUGUUUUAUUUUGUUUUAAAAGUGUUGAAUUGCUUUAAGGGUAGAGUAGAGAAGGUGCCGUUCUGAGCAGCGCCGGCACAACAUAUACCCGUGUUGAUAGAAUGAUUGUCAUUGUCCUUAAAUAUAUAUAUAUAUAUAUAUAUAUAUGAGACAAAGUUUUGUUUUUAAUGAUCGAAUUCAUAAAUACAAAUUUUAAUGCUGUAUUUAAUAAAUUAUUCCAGGAGAA